AUGCAGACCCCAAGGCCUACACCACCGCACACACAGCUUCAGCAGGACGAUUUCGGACUGCAACUCGGCCAUGGCAGCCCUCCAGGGAGUCCCAAACGCCGCUCAGCCUCGUUGGCUGCACUCAUACGACAUAGCUCCGCUUUGGCGAUGUCUUCUGGGCAGCCACCGGAUCCAGCAAGACUAGUCUCUCUGUGCCCUGACAUACUUCAAGGUAUGCGAAAGUUCGAACGAGAACUAAGCGAAGAGAUGCUCCGACAUUCUCAGGGCACUGUACGCCGGCUUGCUGGGCUCUUGGCUUCUGACUUGCGCAAAAGUCGACACGAAUAUCGGCCUAUGGCCAUUCGGUUGAUGCUCUUAGGGGAAGAUGAAACCUCGAUCCGACCAUACAUCGUAGUGUUUUGCCCAGAACUGGUUAGAAAAAGAGCGGAGAAGUUCUUCAAGAAAGACAUGAUUCGAGGUAUAUACCAGUCCGAUGAACCAGGACGAGAAACUUUUCAGGUGGCUGUGGUCGGUCAAGCACCUCAGCCUAGAGCUGACGAAUCCACAAGUCUUGUAAAAGUGGCUCCAGCAUACACAGCAAACUUAGCUUACCCCGGCAAUACAUCGGGGUCGCUGCGGGUCAAAGCGGAACAUGAUGGAGUUUCGAGGUUGGCUACGAUAGGAGGCUACAUCGUAGCUAGCUGCCAUGAUGGUAUAGAGACUAUCUACGGCUUGACGGCGGGCCAUAUCUUUCCUCAGACAAGAUACAAUACUUCAUCCUCGGAUCAACCAUCGGAUGGGACCAUGCCAUCCCCAGCUUCAAGCGAUUCGGAUGACGAUGACGAUAUUACCCUAGAGAAUGCCAAUCAAAACAGCAGCCGGGGCGCGCACGAGAGCUUCACAAUAACUAAAAAUGAGCCAUAUUGGACUGAUGUGAAGUUAGCGGAUGUGUCCUUCUCUCGCGAGGCUCGGGACAAGGACUGGGCAUUGGUCGAAGGCCUUCAAACACACCAGAUUGAUUCGUUAGACAUCGGAGCUACCAAUGCGACAAUUGCACUCGGUGCCAUCGGAGAACAGCAGUUGCUCCAGAUAGGCUUCGAUGCAGAGGUCGCGCUAAAAUGCGUACUUUCCCCCACUCCUUCCAUGAUUCUCACACCCUCAGGGCACAAUUUUGUGCAGGCACACAUACUCACCCCGGAUGCCUCUCGACGUUUACAAGACGGUGCUUCCGGCACGUGGGUCACUUCUCAGCCUGCUCAAGUUCUGAAUCGGAAUGCGAACCCCAUAUCAGUCUAUGGUCAGGUAGUGGCUGAUGACGUCUUUGGGGACGUUUACAUGAUUCCGCUGCGCUGUAUCAUGGAUGACGUUAAGACAUUGAUGGACGCUGCAGUUAUCAGGCUGCCAGCGUCCAUAAAGGAGCUUCGGCAGAUACUUGUGGACCAACUGCACCGAGAACAUACGAUUCUGGAUCAUGGGAAGAGUAGCAAAGCUCCGCAUAGUCUUACUACUGAUGCCACUGCGGAACGAAUCAACCACGACGCUUACCCAGGUAUCAUGCUUGACCACUCUGUCGUACUCGAGUCUCCAACUCAGCUGCUUUCCGGCCUGAAAAGAGUGUCAAGAAGCACUGGUACAAAGACCUACAUCGUGAAGACUAAUUUUGACACGAGCGCCGGAUUCCAGUUCAUCUUCGAUAUGCCAGCAAAACGUAAAAUCUCAGGACCAGUCCCUAGAGAUGAGCUCAAGAGACGCGUCACGCGUUCAUCUGCGAAAACAAGCACGGCACCUGCACACGACUUACCGGACGACUCACCGAAAGCGGGAACAAAGACUCCAAAGAAGUCUUCCGCACCAGAGCGCAAAGAGUCUUUUCCAACAAAUGCGAUAGCUAAAGUAGAUGAGGCACCGGCUGAAGAUGGGAGCCCAGCACCUCAAAUAAUCACAAUCCGAACCAUCACACACGACCUGGUCAAGAAACCAAUCCAAUGCCAUCAAUACACGCCAUCUUCCUCAAGUAUCUCACCAACCCUGAUCUUCACCCAUGGCGCAGGCGGCACGCUCUCCGCCGAUGCGGUAGUGAACUUCUGUACCGGCUUCUCCAAGUAUUUUCCCGUCCUCGCAUUCCAAGGCUCCAUGAAUCUGAAGGCGCGAACUAAAAGCUUUCACGCGUGCAUCGAGGAAUUUCACUCUCGCCAAGAAACCGCGCAAAAGAGGAAGCCAAAAGAGCAGAAUAGGAAAAAGAGGAUGUUGUUAGGUGGAAGAAGCAUGGGCGCCCGAGCCGCCGUCAUCUCAGCCAGCGAACACAUAGCCGAGAAAGACCACGGACAAGAGGAGACGAGUAUACAGCUCAUCCUCGUAUCGUACCCACUUCAAGGUCCUAAAGAUGAUUUGCGGGAUCAGAUCUUGCUCGACUUAUCAGAGGGUAUCAGCGUACUGUUCAUCAUCGGCGACAAAGACGCCAUGUGUCCGCUCGAUCUCUUGAACGAGACUAGAAGCAAGAUGGUAGCAAAAUCGCAGGUCGUCGUUGUUAGAGAUGCAGAUCACGGUAUGAAUAUUAAGCCUGCCAGCGCUACGAGGGAAGUAGGCGAAUCGACGGGACGGGUAGCUGCGUGGUGGGUGGAGGGAGAAUUGAAGGCGGAUGUACAAUAUAUAGGAAAGCAAGAGGAAUGA